UAAUACGCGCCUCUGUAAAUAAUGACUUCACUCAAAAUAAAAAUGUGGAAUACUACUAACUAUAUACAACUAUGGAAACAAGAUAAUACAUAAAGUUAACCAAAUACUGUUUAAUCGAUACUAACUAGCAACCGAGUGGACGCAAUGGCCGGCAAAGGAAAGAAAAAAGAGGAAGGCGGUGAAAAGAAAGCCAAAAAAGGCGGGAAAGGUAAGAAAGGCAAGUCCAAAGGAUGCAACAUAGAUAUGUUGACCGAAGCUGCUAUGAACAACGUAUAUUACGCAUGCCAUAAUGUGCAAGAACUGUUACAAGCCAGAGGAUUCUGCCCACCGGACUUUAAUAAGAAGAAGAAGAAGGGAAAACGAUGAAAGAAACAACGUGAACAUUUAAUGUACCUAGUGGAGAAUAUAAUAUUCAUAAUGUAGAAGAAAAUAUAACAAUGGCAUAAUUAGGUACUAUUUAUUGAUGUGUCAUAUUCACCUCCCAAACUAGAUUCGAAUUGGUACU